AUGGGACUCACCGCCCUCAUCAUCACCACCUCGAUCGUCGAUGCCUUCUCUCAGGGCUACGACGGUUCGCUCAUGGGUUCCCUCAACGCCAUGACUCCCUACCAGAACUACUUUGUCAUGUCGAACGCCAUGACCUCCUUCCGUACCGCCGCUACCUACAUCGGCGGUAUCACUGCUCUGUUCCUCAUGCCAUGGUACGCCAACAAGCGCGGUCGUCUCGAGUGUAUGUUCAUCGCCUUCUGCCUCAUCAUCAUCGGUGGUGGUGUCCAGGGUGGCGCGCACAACACCGGCAUGUUCAUCGCCGGUCGCAUCAUCAUCGGUCUCGGAACCGGUGUCGCUGCCGUCUCUGCUAUUCCCUACAUCGCCGAGACCUCGACCGAUAAGUGGCGUCCGUUCGCGCAGGGCAUGUACUACACCUGCUGGUACGUCGGAACCCUCGUCGCUGCCGGUGUCUGCUACGGAACCGAGGACAUGAACACCAACUGGUCGUGGAGAAUUCCCUCGCUUCUGCAGUGCGCUCCCGCUGUCAUGGCUAUCUUCAUGCUUCUCUUCCUGCCCGGAUCGCCCCGUUGGUUGCUGUACAAGGGCCGUCAUCGUGACGCGUACGAGGUCUUCACCAUUCUCUACGGAAACGGAGAUCCUCUCCACGAGGACGUCAAGUCGCACUACUUCCAGGCCCUCGAGACGAUCGAGUACGAGCGCAGCGACGGCAAGCAGUUAGAUCUGCGUGGACUGUUCAGCACCUGGGGCAACUUCAGACGUACCGGUCUCGCGAUGUCGACUUCGGUCAUCACUAUGCUUUCGGGAUCAAACAUCGUCACCUACUACUUCUCGACCAUGUUGGAUCAGGCUGGAAUCACUUCCUCGCACACCCAGCUUGAGAUCAACGUCAUUCUCUCCGCUUUCUGUCUCGUGAUUGCCGUCAUCGGAUCGCAGUGCGCUUGCUACAUGGGCCGCCGCACUCUUGUUCUCUGGUCCCUCGGUGUCUGCACUAUCUUCCUCUACAUGUUUGGCGGUCUUACUGCCAAGUACGGCAACUCGACCAACAAGAGCGGAAUCUACGGCACCAUUGCCUGCAUGUUCCUCUUCAACGGUGCUUACUCCUUCGGUCUGACCCCCAUCACCUCGCUCUACCCCGCCGAAGUGCUCACCUACUCGAUGCGCUCCGUCGGCAUGGGUGUCACCAUGUUCAUCGCCAAGGGCUGCGGUCUGCUCGUCACCUUUGCGUUCCCCUACGCGAUGGACAAGCUCGGCUGGAAGAUCUACAUGAUCAACUCCUCGUUCAACGUCCUCUGCUGCAUCUUUGUCUACUUCACCUGGGUCGAGACCCACAACAAGACGCUCGAGCAGAUCGAUGCCAUGUUUGACGGCAAGACCCAUUUCGAGCUCGCAGAGUUGGAGAUGGAGCACCAGCGUGUCGUUUACGAAUCGAAGGAGUAG